AGAGAGGAGAGAGCAAAAGCUUCACGGCCAAAAAAAAAUGCACACUCUAAACACCACCGGAUCGCGAGAUCCGAUCAACCCGAAUCCGAACCCGAACUCAAAUCUCGACCCGGAUCAGUUUCCCCACCGGAAUAACAAUCAUCCACAGUCUCGGCGGCCGCGCGGGUUCGCCGCGGCUGCGGCGGCGUCGAUGUGUCCAGCUGAAAGCGACAACGGAAACAUCGCCGGAAUCGGCGGUGGAGAGACGAGCAGCGGAGGAGGAGGAGGAGGAGGAGGAGGGAAGGGGAAGAGAGAGAGGGAGAAGGAAAAGGAGAGAACGAAGCUGAGAGAAAGACACAGACGAGCAAUCACUAGUAGAAUGCUCGCCGGACUGAGACAGUACGGGAACUUUCCGUUACCGGCGCGUGCGGAUAUGAACGAUGUAAUCGCUGCUUUGGCGCGUGAAGCAGGCUGGAGUGUCGACGCCGACGGUACUACUUAUCGGCAAUCACAUCAGCCAAACCAUGUGGUUCAGUUUCCGACGAGAUCUAUUGAGAGUCCUCUUUCUUCUAGUACUUUGAAGAACUGUACUAAGGCUACACUUGAUUGUCAGCAGCAUCCCGUUCUUAGAAUCGAAGAGAACCUCUCUCCUGUGUCUCUCGGUUCUGUGGUUAUCGCUGAGAAUGAUCACCCCGGGAAUGGAAGGUAUACGGGUGCUAGCCCUAUCGCCUCAGUGGGAUGCGUGGAAGCCAAUCAGCUUAUACAAGAUGUGCAUUCCACAGAGCCUCGUACUGGCUUCACAGAGAGCUUUUAUGUCCCCGUGUACGCCAUGCUUCCAGUUGGCAUUAUAGACAACUUCGGCCAGUUGGGUGAUCCUGUAGGUGUGAAACAAGAAUUAAGUUACAUGAAGUCAUUAAAUGUCGAUGGAGUGGUCAUAGAUUGUUGGUGGGGAAUAGUUGAAGGCUGGAAUCCUCAGAAAUAUGUAUGGUCUGGCUAUAAGGAGCUCUUUAACCUUAUCAGAGAGUUCAAACUUAAACUACAGGUGGUAAUGGCAUUUCAUGAAUAUGGAGGGAAUGCGGUGUCGUUGCCACAGUGGGUUUUGGAGAUUGGAAAAGACAAUCCAGACAUAUUUUUCACUGACCGUGAAGGAAGAAGAAAUUUCGAGUGUUUGAAUUGGUGCAUUGACAAGGAACGGGUAUUGCAUGGACGAACUGGUAUAGAGGUCUAUUUUGAUUUUAUGAGAAGCUUCCGGUCAGAGUUCGAUGAUUUUUUUGAGGAGGGGCUAAUUACUGCAAUUGAGAUUGGUCUUGGAGCUUCCGGUGAACUAAAGUAUCCAUCUUUCCCGGAAAGGAUGGGUUGGAUUUAUCCCGGUAUUGGUGAGUUUCAGUGUUAUGACAAAUAUUCACAAACGAGUCUGCUAAAGGAAGCAAAAUCACGAGGAUUCGCUUUCUGGGGUAAAGGACCAGAGAAUGCUGGUCAAUACAAUUCUCAACCUCAUGAAACUGGUUUCUUCCAGGAAAGAGGUGAAUACGACAGCUACUACGGUCGCUUCUUCCUAAACUGGUAUUCGCAGUUGUUAAUAGGACAUGCAGAGAAUGUCCUCUCUCUUGCAAAUCUUGCUUUCGAAGAGACAAAGAUUAUCGUCAAGAUACCGGCGAUUUACUGGUCAUAUAAGACAGCUAGUCAUGCGGCUGAAUUAACUGCAGGAUACUAUAAUCCUUCGAAUCGUGAUGGAUAUUCUCUUCUUUUCGAAACUCUGAAGAAAUAUUCAGUGACUGUGAAGUUUGUGUGCCCUGGUCAGCUAAUGUCUACUAAUGAGCACGAAGAAGGCUUAGCUGAUCCAGAAGGUUUAAGUUGGCAGGUGAUCAAUGCAGCGUGGGAUAAGGGACUUCUUAUUGGAGGAGAGAAUGCGAUUACUUGUUUCGAUAGAGAAGGUUGCAUGAGAUUAAUCGAAAUGGCUAAACCAAGAAACCAUCCAGAUAGCUGUCACUUCUCCUUCUUCACUUAUCGCCAACCGUCUCCUCUGGUUCAAGGAUCGUCUUGCUUUGCAGAUUUGGACUACUUUAUAAAACGCAUGCACGGAGACAUGCAGAGAUAAACAGUGGUUGGAAACCAAAACAGAGUUAGUCUUGUUCGAAAGUUCAGAAGCUGUUUUGUUUUGUUAUUUCUCACUUCUCAGGGCCUAAAUUAAGAAGAUUGAAAAUUAAGAAGGUUGAUCUUUUAUUGUAAACCUCUACACACUUAACUAGUUGAUGAUAAUGAUAAACUAACUAAUUUAACACCUUACCUUUUCCAAAUUCUUCAAACCAAAACACUAACAAGUCUUAGUGUUGCACCUAAACAAGAAGGUAUUAAUGUGCAAUUUGACUACAAAUCCUUUUGACUAAACCCUAAAAUCC